AUGCCUGCUGUCACACCCACUACCAUCACCCAUGAAAGCCCGUUGUCGGCUCCAAGCUAUUACCAUGCUAUCUUUGAGCCUGGAAUUACAUACCCUGAUUCGAUUCCUGAGAAUGAGCCCUUGCUAGUCAGUGGCGUGAACAUCGGACAACAUUAUACCUUUGAACGACUGCGUCGGGAUGUGCUUACUUUCUCCACCAUUUUACGAGAAGAAUUCAAUGUGAAGCGUCAAGAUGUUGUCACCUUGUACGCACCCAACGAUGUUGACUAUAUGGCUGCUAUGCAUGGAUCUAUGGCUGCAGGUGCUAUCUCUGUGGUUGUUCCUAUCGAAUGUCAUGAAAGCCAAGAAGUAGCUGAUAUUUGCAAGCAAGCAUGUCCCGUUGUGGCAUUGACUCAUUUUUCUGUACUUGAAACCAUGAAAGAGGCUCUUGUGAAAUGCAACAUGAGCAACAUCAAGCUUAUUAUCAUCGGCCAGGAUGCUGUGCAUGAUCCAGAGAACAACCUAUACUCAUUCCAGAAGCUUGUUGAAGAACCACGUGAUGGCAAGGCCAUGGAGAUGGAUCCUGAAGACAUUGCAUGCACUUUCUGCACAUCAGGUACCACCGGUCCACGAAAAUUGGCAGCCAUUUCACACCGUGCCGCCAUUCGUCGCCUUUCCACUGUCCCAUGUCCACCCAUGUCCAAUACAGAUCACUACUUUUUGGCCUGUCAGCCUGUCAGCGCCAUCAUUGGCAACAUUGGCACUCAAGUGAGAAUCCAACGUCGUGUUCGUACCCUUAUUUGCGAAAGCCCAUUGCCGAUCGAGCGCUUGUGUACCGUCAUUGAGAAAUACAAGAUCGAACAAAUCACAGCUCUCAUGUGGACGCUUCUCGAGUUGGCACGUAGCUCUGUGGUGGAUCGAUUUGACAUGUCCUCCUUGAAGUUUAUCUUGAGUGGUGGCCAACAUGUGCCUGAUACCGUUCGAGAAACCAUCAAACAGCGCCUUGGCACCGACCUCGUCUCUAUCUAUGGUGGUACGGAAGCAUGGAUUGUAAGCAGCAAAUCCCUUGGUGACGAGGUUCCAAAAGAAUGCGAGGGUAAGAUCACCCCUGGAUACGAGGUCCGAGUAGUCGAUGAUGAUGGAAAAGAUGUGGAACCCCAUGAACCUGGAGAACUUCUUGUAAAGGGCCCAAUGACUGCAUCGAUGUAUUACAACAGACCGGAUGUAUCAGCCAAGGCUUUUGGCAAGGAUGGCUAUUAUCACACAGGCGAUUACUUUACUAUGGACAAGUUUGGCAAUCUACGAUAUUGCGGCAGAAAUUCUGAUCGUAUCCGUGCAAAGAACAAGACCUUCCCACCCAUGCUUCUUGAAGAUCUUUGCCAUCAAUACAGCGACAAGAUUAAGGAAUGCUGCGUAGUUGGCGCGUACAGUAAGCAAAAUGGUUUUGAGCAACCGAGAGCAUACAUUGUGCUGGUGGAGGAUCACGGCUUGAGUGAACAACAAAUGGAUGAGUUCUUGGAGGGAUUAAAAUCCUACAUCAACAGCAGCGUCUCCCAAGAAGAUAUGAAGCUCGAAGGUGGUGCCAAAUUCUUAGCGCGACUUCCCUUGACCAAAUCGGAAAAGUUAGAUCGUAUGGGUCUUAGAUUGCAAGCUGAAGUCGAGGUUGAAUAA